AUGUCAGACCACAUACCUUUUGCACUCCAAGAAGAGAUCAUGAAAAGGCUUCCAACCAAAUCACUGCUGCGGUUCAGAACCGUUUCAAAAGCAUGGAAGUCUUUGAUCGAUAGUUCUCGGUUUGUUGUAGAUUACAGCGUCAACCACACUCACCAGCACCAUCUGUUAGUAAGGUACAGUCCACCAAUAGGUCUUGGACAAAAGUACGUUUCAAUUGUAGAUGAUGAAAUUUUCCCCGAACACAAGUGUUCCCUGCCUGAUCCCGCAUCUGAAGGUGUUGGACUUACGAUAAAAAUUAGAAAAUCGGUUGCUAUCGAUGUGCCUCAGGUGUCUCAUGUGUUAGAUCCAGACUCUGAUAUUGUUUUUGGUUUUGGGGUUUGUCCUCACACCGGUGAUCCUAAGCUUGUCAAGGUAGUUAUAGAUGGGUUUAUUUAUUGGCUUGCUAUUGAUGGUAGGACAACUGGAUUUCUGGGGUAUAAUAUGAUAGUUUCAUUUGACAUGACAAGUGAAAAGUUUAUGGAAGUAUCACUCCCUGCUACUUUAGCCCAAGCCCAUGCCCCUAACAAAACAGUGGUUAUAUCUAAGCUAAAAGAGUCUCUCGUUGCUGUUGAACUGGUUAGGGAGGCUGAGAAACGAGUUUAUGGUGUAUGGAUGAUGGAGGAUGGUGUUCCAAACUCCUUUACAAAGCUAUUCACCAUAAACUUACCAGAUGUAUCAAUACAACGGGUACUUGGAAUUAGGAAGAAUGAUGAACCUAUAUUUGCAACGAGACCUGAUGACAAUGCACAUGAUGUCUUUAUUCAUGAACUCCACUCAGAACACAUCAGUUAUACUCGGAUUUCUGGCAAUGGAACUUUAUACUCUGCUGGUUCCUACAUGGAAACACUACUUUUGCUAGAUCAUUGA